CUCAGCCUCAAAAUUUAUAGUAUGCUAAUUAACAACUCUCUAUUUUUUUAGCACCUCUACUGAGAUAUCAACUGCAACACCAUUUGAGAAGCCGCAAAAUGAAAUCCUACACAAUGGUUUCCAACAUCAGCUCCUAUAAUCCCCCAAUUUCUCAAAAUCGUAUUAUCUAUGCAUCGAAGUUCGCGAAAAUUAUGUGCAUGAAACGCCCCGCGAGCAACCGACAAUCUCUAGAAAAAGCACCGCGAACGCGUGCCGGCAUCUACGGCGUCAAGUUCCGAACACUGGAAGGAUGCAGGCUAGGAAUUUCAUGGUAUCCGGAUUUCGAGUAUGAUGCUAGAGGAGGCAGUGGGAGCGGAGUGGGUCAAGAGGAGGAGAUUGGCAGUGACGAUGAGGAUGGCGUUGUAAGUGUGACGACUUUCGACGUCGAAACGUUGUACGUCCCGCCACUGACCGGCGUGACGACGAAGUUCCUUGGCUUGCCGUUGCCGCCAUUUCUGAGGAUCGACAUUGCUCCGGAGGUGUUACAGGGCAGGAUCAAUAGGAGAAGUGGUCGGGUGGAUCUUUUAUUUAGGUCCAAGUUCGUAUUCUCAAUUGGGAGCGCAUACAGAGCACCUCCCUUGCUUGUUGAGACCACACUAACAUCAGAGGAGUCCAAAGGAAGCAUAAGAGCAGGAAAAGGGGAGAGAAUGGACGGAGACGGAAGAUGUAAGCUGGUCGGGGUUGCUGUGGUCGAUCCGAUCGACGACGUUCUCAUGAACUCCUUCCUCGGUUUGCCGACCGAAUGCAUUGCUUACUUAAACGCAACCAUCGCCUUUACCGAUCCUAGCUAGACAUUCAUGUAGAAGUAUGAACAGAACAGCUCUUUUUAUCUCUGUUGAAACACAAAGGCGUCAAAAUAUUGGUCGAGUAGUUAAGCAGCUCUUUUACCUACAGUCACUUUUGCAAGAAAAAAAAUACACACUAGUGGAAUGAAGAAGAUACUCCAAUCAUACUUGCUGAGCAGUCACAUACUUAAAA